AGUUCUACUGAAUUUGUUCGUUCUAAUCGUUACAUUAAUUUUGUAAGCCACGUAGAAAUAUAUAAUUAUCUUCCGGCUGCUGGAUAUUACUCUAAGAUAAACAUUAUCAAGCAACUGCAAAUUAUUUCAGGAACAUCAUAAACAGGCCAUAGCUAGAAAAGCCGCAAUGGGGUUGGCGGCUAGAGCAUUUCUGUUUGUGUUAACAUUGCUUCUUGUCAGAGGCGAUGAACACAAUCACAAAUAUAAUGAUGGCGAAGAAGUUGUCCUAUGGAUGAAUACCGUUGGCCCCUAUCAUAAUCGCCAAGAAACGUAUGCAUAUUUCAGCUUGCCCUUUUGCAGUGGAUCAAAAUCAUCUAUAUCCCAUUACCAUGAGACGCUGAGCGAAGCGCUGCAAGGAGUGGAAUUGGAAUUCAGUGGCUAUGAAAUUGAAUUCAAUCGCGAUGUGCCCUCUACUGUUAUUUGUAUGGUUGAUUUGACGGAGGACAAAGUUAAAGCUUUUACCUACGCAGUUAUGAAUGAAUACUGGUAUCAAAUGUACAUUGAUGGCUUGCCAAUUUGGGGAAAAGUUGGCGAAAAGGACGAUCAAGGCAGAUAUUACAUUUACACACACAAGAAAUUUGACAUUGGCCGCAACGGACAACAAAUUGUGGACAUCAGUUUGACAACUGAGAAGAAAGAACUGUUGGCGGCGGGAUCUAAGAUCAAGUUUUCUUAUGAAGUGAACUGGAAACCUAGUGUAGUAGAAUUUAAAGACCGUUUUGACAAAUAUUUGGAUCCAAAUUUCUUCCAGCACAGGAUUCACUGGUUCAGUAUAUUCAAUAGCUUUAUGAUGGUAAUUUUCCUUGUUGGUUUGGUGUCGAUGAUUUUGAUGCGUACAUUGCGAAAGGACUAUGCUCGCUAUAGCAAAGAUGAAGAAAUGGAUGACAUGGAACGGGAUUUGGGCGACGAAUACGGUUGGAAACAGGUACAUGGUGAUGUUUUCCGAUCUCCUCCACAUACUCUUUUAUUUUCGGCUUUAAUUGGUGCUGGAUAUCAAUUGAUUUCGGUGGUAUUUUGUGUAAUUAUUUUCGCUAUUGUCGGAGAACUAUACACAGAACGUGGUUCAAUGCUGUCUACAGCUAUAUUUGUAUACGCUGCUACAUCUCCAAUCAACGGAUACUUUGGAGGAUCUUUAUAUUCGAGAUUAGGAGGUCGUAUGUGGAUUCGUCAGAUGUUGGUAUCAGCUUUUAUGGUGCCUGUGUUUGUGUGCGGAACUGCCUUCUUCAUCAACUUCAUUGCCAUUGGUUAUCAUGCGUCCAGAGCAAUACCGUUCGGCACAAUGGUUGCCGUCACAUGCAUAUGCUUCUUUGUAAUCUUGCCAUUAACCUUGGUUGGCACAGUGGUUGGCCGUAACUUGGAUGGACAACCCGAUUAUCCUUGUCGCGUUAAUGCUGUCCCCAGACCCAUACCAGAAAAGAAAUGGUUCAUGGAGCCUGCAAUUAUUAUAUUAUUAGGGGGUAUUUUACCUUUUGGUUCAAUAUUCAUCGAAAUGUAUUUUAUAUUUACAUCGUUUUGGGCUUACAAAAUCUAUUACGUAUACGGAUUUAUGUUGUUGGUUUUCACUAUUCUCACGAUUGUUACCGUGUGCGUAACAAUAGUAUGUUCGUACUUCCUAUUAAAUGCUGAAGACUAUAGAUGGCAAUGGACCAGUUUUAUGUCUGCCGCUUCAACCUCGAUAUAUGUGUAUGCAUAUUCAUUUUAUUACUUUUUCUUCAAAACCAAAAUGUAUGGCCUUUUCCAAACCACAUUCUAUUUUGGAUACAUGGCGUUAUUCAGUGGUGCUUUAGGUAUAAUAUGUGGAACGGUGGGCUAUAUCGGCACAAGUGUUUUCGUUCGUAAAAUUUAUUCCAAUGUUAAAAUAGACUAGAUGCAAUUUUUAGCUUUUCCAACCAAAAAAACUAUAUAAAAUUAAACAACAUUAUCUCUCUCUCUCCUUCUUGAAACAAAAAAGGAAAAAAAUAAAUAUGUUCUUGCUUCUCAACACUGACUUCAUAUACAAAGAAAAAACUUUUUAUAAUUUAUAUAUCUCUUAUGCAAAAUAAUAUUUAUAAUAUUAGAAUGUAAAAUUAAUUAAACUAACAUACAGACACAAGCUAUGAUAAUAGAUCAGUAACAUUGCCGUCAUAAUAAUUUUAUUUUAUGUACAUUUAAUUUUGUCUUAGUUAACGAAUAUAUUUGUGAUUAGGUUAUUCUAGGCAUCUCUCAUGUUUGUUCCGCCAAAACACGGGAAUACGAACGUGAACAGAGAACGGUUGCAAUAUUGUUUUCUACAAUUGUAUAAUUUCUGCUUAUUAGCUGGCUCCAGUAUUUACACUUUCAAAUAUUAAAAAAAACAUUGUUUAAAAGUGAAAAAUUGUAAAAAAUAAAAAAAGUAAUUUUCUGCAACAACA